CCCCCGGCCCGGCCACCUCAUCGCGCAGUAUAUAAGCCCCCCCUCGUCCCCCUCCCACCUUUAAUUUCCCCUUAACAACUCCACCACCACUCUCCCUCCGGAAGAAUCCGUCCACAACGAGCUCAAAAGGCUGUGAUCAAACCGAAGGGUUUAGACGGCGAUCCUUAGCUCAGUAGCCAGGCAGGAGAUGGAGCACGACGUGCACCAUCACCAGCAGCAGCAGCGGCGGCGGCGGCAGGAGGGCAUGGAGCUGCCCCCGGGGUUCCGGUUCCACCCCACCGACGAGGAGCUCAUCACGCACUACCUCGCCAGGAAGGCCGCCGACCCGCGCUUCGCCCCGCGCGCCGUCGGCGAGGCCGACCUCAACAAGUGCGAGCCAUGGGACCUGCCCGCUCGGGCGACCAUGGGGGAGAAGGAGUGGUACUUCUUCUGUGUCAAGGACCGCAAGUACCCGACGGGGCUGAGGACGAACCGGGCCACCGAGUCUGGCUACUGGAAGGCGACGGGCAAGGACCGGGAGAUCUUCAGGGGCAAGGCCCUCGUCGGCAUGAAGAAGACGCUCGUCUUCUACACGGGGAGGGCGCCCAAGGGCGGCAAGACCGGCUGGGUCAUGCACGAGUACCGCCUCGACGGCAAGCACGCCGCCGCCGGCAGCAGCAGCAGCCUCGUCCCCUCGAUCAGAGCUGCCGCGUCAAAGGACGAGUGGGUGCUCUGCAGGGUGUUCAAGAAGAGCAUCGAGCCGCCUGUGGUGGCUGGCGGCAAGAGGUCGUCGGGCGCAUGCAUGGAGGUGGUGGACGUCGUGGGGCCGUCCAUGUCCAUGGCGGACGACCUCGCCGCGUGCGCGCUGCCUCCGCUGAUGGACGUGUCCGGCGGCAGCGCCGCCGCCAUGUCGCUUUCAGCGGCGGCGGCGGCCAUCGAGCUGCCGCCGCCGCCACAUCACGUGACCUGCUUCUCCAACGCGCUGGAGGGCCAGUUCCUGAACCCACCCUUCCUGCUCCCCUCUGCGGGCCCCGCGGCCGCGGACCACCUCGCCAUGGCGGCCUCCGCCUCGCCGUUCCUGGCGAGCAUGGUGCCGACGCAGUACGACGGCGCCGCGGGCGUGGGCGGCACGGUGCACGAGCUCCUGCAGGAGGGCGGCGGGUGGUACGGCAAGCUGGGCGAGAGGGAGCGGCUGAGCGGCGGCGCGUCGCAGGACACCGGCCUCACCUCGGAGGUGAACCCCGCCGAGAUCUCGUCGCGGCAGCACAUGGAUCACCAUGCUGCCUCCCUUUGGGGUUACUGAGCUUCAUCUCCUCUGCGAUCAUUAAAAAUUGAAUUAGUAUCAGUCACCGGAUUGGAAACGGGGAUUAUUGUUGUAUUGUACUAGUGCAAUUGAAUAUAUAUUAUCAUGCAAAAGGGGAAAAAGAAGUUGUGAGGAAGUUUGAUUGUAUAAUUGUAGAUUGAUUUGGUUUGGAGUUACUACUAUAAUGGGAUACCAAUAGCACUAUGGAAUGGCAA